AUGGCGUCCCCUGAACGUUGCAUCUACCUCUUCGGGGCCGACAGGCCGUGGUUUGCAGAUGACUGGGUUGCUUCAGACGACCGCGUACGGGGCGGCAAAAGCCAAAGCUAUCUGGAUGGUCCCACAUCGUCAUCAUCAAACGCCGCUACUUUCCGCGGCCAGCUAGACAUCACCGCCCUUGGCGGAGCGGGCUUCGCCUCCCAACGGUCUCCCGAUGCACAACGGUGGGACCUGUCCAACUGCCAGAAGCUGCGCCUCAAGGUCAACAAGAGCGACGGGAAGAAAUACACGCUCAUCCUCAAAGACGAGACCCCGUCCAAGCGCCCUGAUGGCCGAGAACAGAGCACCAUCAGCUGGGAAUACGAUUUCACGUCCCAGGAGACCGAGCUGGAUAUUCCCUGGGACGACUUCAAGCCUACCUACAGAGGUAAACCCAAACCGGAGGCUGAGCCACUGGACCUAUCGAACGUCAACAGAAUAAGCAUUAUGAUGAGAAGCUUCUUUGGGGCACAGGAAGGCCCGUUCAAACUCGAGAUUCAGUAUAUCGCAGCAAUUACUUCUGAUGACAAGUCCAAACUCGCAUCGUCGUACCCGCAGUCAGAAGCUCGAUCAUCUAUCUCGAGCUUGGAAAGGGAAAAGCAGGGCAUGACGAGCCGCGAGGCCAAAUAG